CCUGGGGCUGGCCUGGACGGAGAGGACACCUGCAUAGCAGCGAGUCAGAGGACCCAGAGGACCCAGAGGGAAGGACCCGCAGGGUCAGCAUGCUCAGUGCGAGGCCAGAGGCACUGAUGCUCCUAGGAGCUCUGUUGACUGGACCCCUGAAUCCAGCGAGCUGCCAGGACACACCCUCACUGCCCUGGGAAGUGCAGCGCUAUGACGGCUGGUUCAACAACCUGAGGCACCACCAGCGUGGCUCUGCAGGGGUCAGACUGCAACGUCUAGUGCCAGCCAAUUAUGCGGACGGUGUGUACCAGGCUCUGGGGGAGCCGCUGCUGCCCAAUCCACGCCAGCUCAGUAACACCACCACGCAGGGUGCAGCGGGAGAGCCAUCUGGCAGCAACCGCACGGUGCUGGGGGUCUUCUUUGGCUACCACCUACUCUCAGAUCUGGUGAGCGUGGAAAUGCCCGGCUGCCCCGCGGAGUUCCUCAACAUCCCAAUUCCCGCCGGAGACCCCGUGUUCGACCCUGACGGGCGCGGGGACGUGGUGCUGCCCUUCCAGAGGAGCCGCUGGGACCCCAAGACAGGGCAGAGCCCCAGCAACCCCCGGGACCUGACCAACGAGGUGACAGGCUGGCUGGACGGCAGCGCCAUCUAUGGCUCCUCCAACUCGUGGAGCGACGCGCUGCGCAGCUUCUCCGGGGGGCAGCUGGCGUCGGGGCCCGACCCCGCCUUCCCCCGGGAAGCGCAGGCGCCGCUGCUCAUGUGGACCGCGCCGGACCCCGCCACCGGCCGGCGCGGGCCCGGGGGGCUGUACGCGUUCGGGGCGGAGCGGGGGAACCGCGACCCCUUCGUGCAGGCGCUGGGCGUGGUGUGGUUCCACUACCACAACUUCUGGGCUCAGAGGCUGGCGGACCAGCACCCGGGCUGGGGGGACGAGGAGCUGUUCCAGAAUGCGCGCAAGAGGGUGAUCGCCACCUACCAGAACAUAGCCAUGUAUGAGUGGCUGCCCAGCUUCCUGCAGCGCACACCCUCAUCGUAUUCAGGGUAUGAUCCUUUCCUGGACCCCAGCAUCUCCCCGGAGUUCCUGGUUGCCUCUGAGCAGUUCUUCUCCACCAUGGUCCCUCCUGGCGUCUACAUGAGAAAUGCCAGCUGUCAUUUCCAAGAGGUCCUAAACCAGGGAUUUAACAGCUCCUCAAGUCUCAGGGUCUGCAACAGCUACUGGACUCGGGAGAACCCUAAUCUGAACAGUUUCCAGGGAGUGACUAACUUGCUGUUGGGAAUGGCCUCCCAGAUUUCAGAGCUGGAGGACAGGAUAGUUGUUGAAGAUCUGAGAGAUUACUGGCCUGGCCCUGGCAAGUUCUCACGCACAGACUACGUGGCCAGCAGCAUCCAACGUGGCCGAGAUAUGGGGCUGCCCAGCUAUAUCCAAGCCCUGCAGGCUUUGAAGCUGCCGACCCCCAAGAACUGGACUGAACUCAACUCCACAGUGGAAUCCCAGGUGCUGGAAACCAUAGCUGCCUUGUAUAACCAGGACCUGUCCAGGCUGGAGCUACUCCCCGGGGGGCUCCUGGAGAGCUAUGGAAAGCCUGGACUUCUCUUUAGCACCAUUGUCUUUGACCAGUUUAUGCGGCUGCGGGAUGGAGACCGCUACUGGUUUGAGAACACCAGGAAUGGGCUGUUCUCCGUGGAGGAAAUUGCAGAAAUCAGAAACACGACUCUGCGGGACGUGCUGGUGGAUGUCAUCAAAGUGGACCCCAGUGCCCUACAGCCCAAUGUCUUUGUCUGGGAUGAAGGUGCACCAUGCCCUCAGCCCCAGCAGCUCACAAUGGACGGCUUGCCUCCUUGUGCACCUCUGACUGUGCUUGACUAUUUUGAGGGCAGUGGUCCAGGCUUUGGAGCCUCCAUCGUGGCUCUGUGCUGUCUUCCACUAGUGAGUCUGCUCCUCUCCUGGAUAGUGGCCCGUUUCAGGAGUAGAGAGCUCAAGAAACUAAAUAAGAAAGGCAGAGAGAGUGUGAAGAAGGAGUCAGUCAAUGAUGGAGUGCCAGCAAUGGAGUGGCCGGGCCCCAGGGAGAGUAGCUAUCCGGUCACCAUCCAGCUGCUCCCAGACAUGAGUCUGCAGGUCCUGGACAGGCGUCUCUCUGUGCUCCGCACUGUCCAGCUGCGGCCCCCGCAGCAUGUCAAUCUCAUCCUGUCCAGCAACCACGGAUGCCGCACCCUGCUGCUCAAGAUCCCCAAGGAGUAUGACCUGGUGCUGCUGUUUAACUCUGAGGAGGAGCGAGGCGCCUUUGUGAAGCAUCUGCAGGACUUGUGUGUGCCCCAGGCACUGGAUCUCAGUGUGACUGAGAUGGCUGAGCAGGAGCUCUUCAGGAAGGCUGUGACCAAGCAGCAACGGGGCCGCAUCCUGGAGGUCUUCUUCAGACACCUUUUUGCCCAGGUGCUCGACAUAGACCGGGCGGAUGCAGGCACCCUGCCCCGGGACACAUCGCAGAAGGUGCGGGAAGCCCUGGCGUGUGAAUUGAGUAGAGCUGAGUUUGCUGAGUCUCUGGGCCUCAAGCCCCAGCACAUGUUUGUGGAAUCCAUGUUCUCUCUGGCUGACAAGGAUGGCAAUGGCUACCUGUCCUUCCGGGAGUUCCUGGACAUCCUGGCGGUCUUCAUGAAAGGCUCUCCAGAGGACAAGAGCCGCCUGAUGUUCGCCAUGUAUGAUCUUGAUGGGAACGGCUCCCUAUCCAAGGAGGAGUUCGUCACCAUGAUGCGGUCCUUCAUCGAGAUCGCCAACAACUGCCUGUCCAAGGACCAGCUGACUGAGGUGGUGGAGUCCAUGUUCCAGUCGUCUGGCUUCCAGGACAAGGAGGAGCUGACUUGGGAGGACUUCCACUCCAUGCUGCGGGACCAUAUCGAUCUCGGCGGCUUACAGCUCCGUGUCAAGGGUGGAGGUGCUCGAGACAUCUUUAAACCAAAUAUCAGCUCUCGAGUCUCAUUCAUCAAUCAGACUUCAAGAGAAUGCUCCCACACCCAGAGAGUGAUGUCCCCUGCCUCAGAAACAUCAGAGUCAGGAGGCCCUGGGCUAAAGAAGAGAUUUGGCAAAAAGACAGCGAGAUCCCUUCCCCGAGUAUACACAGAGGCACUGCCGGAGAAGACGCAGCGGGGCUUUCUGGCCCAGAAGCUGCAGCAGUACAAGCGCUUCGUGGAGAACUACCGGAGGCACAUCGUGUGCACUGCCAUCUUCUCAGCCAUCUGUGCCGGCCUGUUUGCAGAGCGUGCUUACUACUACGCCUUUGCCUCACCAUCCUCGGGCAUAGCAGAGGCCACCUUUGUGGGCAUCAUCCUGUCGAGGGGCACUGCGGCCAGCAUCUCCUUCAUGUUCUCCUACAUCCUGCUCACCAUGUGCCGCAACCUCAUCACCUUCCUGCGAGAAACCUUCCUCAACCGCUACGUGCCCUUCGAUGCCGCUGUGGACUUCCACCGAUGGGUCGCCAUGGCUGCGGUUAUCCUGGCCAUUGUGCACAGUGCUGGCCACUUGGUCAAUGUCUACAUCUUCUCAGUGAGCCCCCUCAGCGUGCUGGCCUGCAUCUUCCCCAACACCUUUGUGAAUGAUGGGUCCAAGCUUCCCCAGAAGUACUUCUGGUGGUUCUUCCAGUCUGUCCCAGGCCUGACAGGGGUGUUCCUGCUCCUGGUCCUGGCCAUCAUGUACGUCUUCGCCUCUCAAUACUUCCGGCACCGCAGUUUCCGGGGCUUCUGGCUGACCCACCACCUCUACAUCCUGCUCUACAUCCUGACCAUCAUCCACGGCAGCUUAGGCAUGGUCCAGCUGCCCCGCUUCCACAUCUACUUCCUGGUCCCGGCACUAAUCUAUCUGGGGGACAAGCUGGUGAGCCUGAGCCGGAAGAAGGUGGAGAUCAGCGUGGUGGAGGCAGAGCUGCUGCCUUCAGGAGUGACCUACUUGCGGUUCCAGCGACCCCAAGGCUUUGAAUACAAGUCAGGACAGUGGGUGCGGAUCGCCUGCCUGGCUCUGGGGACCAACGAGUACCACCCCUUCACACUGACUUCUGCGCCCCACGAGGACACGCUCAGCCUGCACAUCCGGGCAGUGGGACCCUGGACUAUUCGCCUCAGAGAGAUCUACUCACCUUCAAGCAACAGAUUUGCCAGAUACCCAAAGCUGUACCUCGAUGGGCCAUUUGGAGAGGGCCACCAGGAAUGGCAUAAGUUUGAGGUGUCAGUACUGGUGGGAGGGGGCAUUGGGGUCACCCCCUUUGCCUCCAUCCUUAAAGACCUGGUCUUCAAAUCAUCUUUGGGCAGCCAAAUGCUCUGUAAAAAAAUCUACUUCAUUUGGGUGACGCGAACCCAGCGGCAGUUCGAGUGGCUGGCUGACAUCAUCCGGGAGGUGGAGGAGAAUGACCACCGGGACCUGGUGUCGGUGCAUAUCUAUAUCACCCAGCUGGCUGAGAAGUUUGACCUCAGGACCACCAUGCUGUACAUCUGUGAGCGGCACUUCCAGAAGGUGCUGAACCAGAGUCUGUUCACGGGUCUGCGCUCUGUCACCCACUUUGGCCGCCCCCCCUUCGAGCCCUUCUUCAAAUCCCUGCAAGAGGUUCACCCAGAGGUGCGGAAGAUCGGGGUGUUCAGCUGCGGCCCUCCAGGGAUGACCAAGAAUGUAGAGAAGGCCUGUCAACGGAUUAACAGGGAGGACCAGGCCCACUUCAUUCACCACUAUGAGAACUUCUGAGUCGGCACCCCCUGGCUCCAGCUUUCCCUCUGUGGAGCAGCCCUGCAUGCAGCAUCUCUGUCAGAAUCUGCUAGAGAGCUGGGAGAGCAUUUCCCUCAUUGGCCCAUCUGACCUGUGUUCUGAGAAGGUAGAGAAGACCCUUUACCUCAAGCCACCGCAAGGAGUGGGCAAUCUGAUAUGAAGAUAGAGCUCAGACUAAGAAUCUCAGAGCUUCUUUGAGAAGCUGUGUGAGUCUUAAAACCUGGACAGCCCAACUGCCUUAGCCCAGUCUCUGGCCUUUCCCCUCCAAUUCCAACCCACCUUCAUUACACACACGUUCUUGCUACUCUGGAACCCUGACGAGCAACCAGGGAGCAAAGAUGCUUCCCUAUUAUCCAUGAUGUGCCUGGUGCCAGCCAGCAAUGCCGAUUGCCCUGAUCUCUUGGUGGGCCCCUCUCUGAGUCUACUGGAGCAGCCCCUAGAUGCUGGGGCCCGAGGGGUCCAGCCUCUCUGCGAGGCACCCAAAACUCCCUCUCAGUUUCCUCCUUUCACAGGAGUUGGGCGACCAGCUGUCCCAAUUUGCCCAGGCCUAUCCCAGUUUUGAUACUGAAAAAGUUUUGUCCUAAGAAACCCCUCAAUCAAAUCAGGACAAUUGGUCACUUUCACCAGGAGCCAAUCUGUGAUGUCGCUUCCAUUCUUGAAUUUUUGUGUGUCUUUUCAUUUUUCAAAUGACUCUUUCUUAAAAAGCUGAGCUUUAAUUUUUUCUAAAUUUAUAUAUGGUUUGCCUGCAAACCUUACCAAGUGCAUGUAUUACCAUUACCCAAGUCAAUAUUUCCAUCAUCUCAAAAAUGUCCCUUGUACGCCUUCCAGUCAAUCUCCCCCACCUCCUAGAAGUAACCACUGAUGUUAUUCAUGGAUUAAGUUGGUCAUGCUGAAAAUACGAUCUUGAGACUGGCUUCUUUCACCCCCCAGCACAAUGCCUUUGUGCUUCAUGCAUGUUGUUGUGUUUAUCAGUAAUUUGUUCCUUUUUGUUGCUGAGUUGUGUUCCAUUGUAGCGAUGUACCAGUUUGUUUAUCCAUUUUUCCUUGAUGGACAUUUCAGUUGUCUAGUUUUUUAUAAUUAUGAAUAAAGCUGCUAUGAA